AUGGCAAAGCGUACAAAGAAGGUUGGCUUGGCCGGCAAAUACGGCACUCGUUACGGAGCUUCUCUUAGGAAGCAGGCAAGAAAGAUUGAAACACAACAACACGCCUCCUACUCAUGUCCCUUCUGUGGAAGACAUGCCACAAGACGUAAGGCUGUUGGACUUUGGCAAUGUAAGGGCUGUAAGAGGAAGAUGGCUGGCGGAGCUUGGUCACUCGUAACAUCCUCAGCAUCCUCAGUUAAGGCCACAAUCGACCGUCUCAACAAACAGAAACUUGAAACUGCCUAA